AUGGACGAACAAUUUUUAACUCAAUUAGGUCAAACUUUAAGUGCGAUUGUUCAACCAGAUUCCGCUGGUUUAAAAGAAGCUACAAAGACUUUGCAAUCCCAGUUCUACACCCAACCAAACACAGUUCCAGCUUUAAUUCAUAUCUUACAAAACAGUAAUGACGAUGCUUUGAAACAAUUGGCUGGUGUUGAAGCUAGAAAAUUAGUUCCUAAAUAUUGGAAAUCAUUGGAUGAUUCUAUCAAACAACAAAUGAAAUCAUCUUUAUUACAAACUGCUUUCAGUGAACCAAAGGAAAUUAUUCGUCACUCCAAUGCUCGUGUAAUUGCUGCUAUUGGUACUGAAGAAUUAGAAGCUAACCAAUGGCCAGAUUUAGUUCCAAAUUUAAUCCAAGCCGCUUCCGGUGAUGAUUCUCAAACUAGACAAACUUCUAUCUUUAUUUUAUUAUCUUUGUUAGAAGCUUAUACCCCAUCUUUGACUGCUUUCAUCGACGAUUUCUUAACUUUGUUUGGUCAAACUAUUAACGAUACCACCUCUCUAGAAACUAGAUCUUUGUCUGCUCAAGCUUUGAACCAUGUUUCUGGUUUGAUUGAAGAACAAGAAGCUAUCAACCCACAACAUGCAGCCAAGUUCGCUUCUUUAAUUCCAUCCGUUGUUAACAUUUUGGAUGUUGUUAUCAAGGCUGAAGAUACUAAUAAUGCUAAAUUGAUUUUCAACUGUUUGAAUGAUUUCUUAUUAUUAGAUUCCCAACUAACAGGUAACACCAUCGUUGAUUUAAUCAAAUUAGCUAUCCAAAUUGCUGUUAACAGCGAAGUUGAUGAAGAUAUCAGAGUUUUCUCUAUUCAAUUCAUCAUUUCUGCCUUAUCUUACAGAAAGUCAAAGGUUUCCCAAGGUAAAUUAGGUCCAGAAAUUACAGUCGCCGCUUUGAAGGUCGCCUCUGAAGAAGUUGAUGUAGAUGAAGAAUUGAACAACGAAGAUGAAGCUGGUGAAAAUGAAGAAAAUACCCCAUCCUUAACUGCUAUUAGAUUAUUAGCUUUUGCCUCCUCUGAAUUACCACCAUCACAAGUUGCUUCUGUUAUUAUUGAACAUUUGCCAACUAUGUUGCAAUCUUCUAACCCAUUCGAAAGAAGAGCUAUCUUGUUAGCUGUCUCAGUUGCUGUUACUGGUUCUCCAGAUUACAUCUUGUCUCAAUUCGACAAAAUUAUUCCAGCAACUAUUGCUGGUUUGAAGGAUUCUGAACCAGUUGUCAAGUUAGCUGCUUUGAAGUGUGUCCACCAAUUGACUACCGAUUUGCAAGAUGAAGUUGCCAAGUUCCACGAAGAUUACUUACCAUUAAUCAUUGAUAUUAUCGACACUGCUAAGCAUGUUGUUAUCUACAACUAUGCCACUAUGGCUUUAGAUGGUUUGUUGGAAUUCAUUGCUUACGAAGCCAUUGCUAAAUACUUAGAACCAUUAAUGAACAAAUUAUUCUACAUGUUAGAAAGCAACAACUCUUCUAAAUUGAGAUGUGCUGUUGUUUCUGCAAUUGGUUCUGCUGCCUUCGCUGCUGGUUCUGCAUUCGUUCCAUACUUCAAGAACAGUGUACAAUAUUUGGAACAAUUUAUUCAAAACUGUUCUCAAAUUGAAGGUAUGAGUGAAGACGACAUUGAAUUAAGAGCUAUUACUUUUGAAAACAUCUCUACUAUGGCCAGAGCUGUUAGAUCUGAAGCUUUCUCUGAAUUCGCUGAACCAUUAGUCAACUCUGCUUACGAAGCCAUUAAGACUGACUCUGCUAGAUUGAGAGAAUCUGGUUAUGCUUUUAUUGCUAACUUAGCUAAAGUUUACGGUGAAAACUUUGCUCCAUUCUUGGAAACUAUCUUGCCAGAAAUUUUCAAGACUUUAGAAUUGGACGAAUAUCAAUUUAACUUCGAUGGUGAUGCUGAAGAUUUGGCUGCUUUCGCCGAAUCAGCUAAUGAAGAAGAUCUUCAAAGUAAAUUCACCGUCAACACUGGUAUUUCUUACGAAAAGGAAGUUGCUGCCGCUGCUUUGUCUGAAUUGGCAUUGGGUACUAAGCAACACUUCUUACCAUACGUUGAACAAUCCCUAAAGGUCUUAAGCGAACAAGUUGAAGAAUCUUAUGGUUUAAGGGAAACUGCUUUGAGUACUAUGUGGAACAUUGUUAAAGCUGUCUUGUUGGCUUCUAAGAUUGCUCCAGAAUCAUAUCCAAAGGGUAUUCCAACUGGAUCUUAUGUUGACGCCUCUGUAUUAGCUGUUAUUCAAAACGCAAGAGAAAUCUCUAUCAACAACUUGAAUGAUGAAUUCGAAACCUCUAUGGUCAUUACUGUUAUGGAAGAUUUUGCUAACAUGAUUAAACAAUUCGGUAGUAUUAUCAUUAUGGAUAACGGUGACUCUACUAUGUUGGAAACAUUAUGUGUUCAAGUCGUUAGCGUUAUCAAGGGUACUCACACUUGUCAAACCAUUGACAUCGAAGAAGAUGUUCCAAAGGAUGAAGAAUUGGAUGCCUCUGAAACAGAAGCUACGCUAUUGGAUGUUGCUUUGGAAGUUUUAGUUAGUUUGUCCCACGCUUUGUCUGCUGACUUCGUUAAGAUCUUUGAAAGCAUCAAACCAGUCCUAUUUGCAUUAUUCGAAUCUAAAUCUAAGAACAAAAGAUCUUCUGCUGUUGGUGCCACUUCCGAAAUUGUCUUAGGUAUGAAGGAAGCUAACCCAUACAUUCAAGAAAUGAUGGAAGCUUUGAUCAUCAGAUUGACUACUGAUAAAUCUUUGGAAGUUAGAGGUAACGCUGCCUAUGGUGUUGGUCUAUUGUGUCAAUAUGCCCCAUUCGAUGUUUCUGCUAUCUUUGAACCAGUUUUGAAGGCUAUGUACCAAUUAUUAAGUGCUGCUGAUCAAAAAUCUUUGACUGCUGAAGAUGACGAAGCUACUAGAGAAAUUCUUGACAGAGCCUUUGCUAAUGCAUGUGGCUGUGUUAGUAGAAUGAUCUUGAAAAACCAAGCUUUGAUCCCAUUAGAACAAACAAUUCCAGCCUUGUUGGCUCACUUACCAUUGAAUACUGGUUACGAAGAAUAUGAGCCAAUCUUCCAAGUUAUCAUGAAGCUAUACCAAGAUAACAAUGCCACCAUCACUGCUCAAACUCCAAAGGUUGUUGAAUUCUUAGCUGCCGUCUUCACUAAGGAUAACGAAAGAAUCAAGCUAGAACAAGAAUCUACUUUGGGUAGAGAAGAAAACAUGGAAAGAUUGAAACAAUUCCAAACCGAAGAAAUGAGACAAAAGGUUGUCGAAUUGUUGAAAUAUAUCAACAGUAACUUUAACGGUAUCGUUGCUCAAAAUCAAGUUUUAGCACCUGUCAUUGCUUAA